AUGCAUCGAAUACGCGUCGGGCGUCAGAGUUUUCCAAGUGGACAUUCAGCAGCAGCUGCAUUGCUUUUCACAUUCCUCUACUUUUAUUUAAAAGGUCUUACUGAUGCAACGGGCAGCAAGCUAUUAAGAGUAAUUCGUGCAUUGCUGUUAUGCGCAGUCGGUAUGUGGGCAGCUUUGGUGAUGACAACACGUGUCACCGAUCACUGGCACCAUCCCAGUGACGUAUUAGGUGGAAUUUUGCUAGCUGCCGCUUGCAUAUACAUUCCGGUUCGAAGAACUCAUUCCUCGCUGGUUUUCAAAAAGCGAAUGCUCAACAAUGCACACAGUGCCUGA